AAGGAUAAAGAGUUUCGAUCAAUGUACAGUUUAAUAGAAUCCAUAUUUAAAACGUUUCAUACUGGAAUUGCUAUCUCAAUUCCGACUUGAUCAUCAACAUUGGCGCGCUGCAAUUACGCUCAUUUGUAGUCUUUUUAAAGCCAAACGUAGUGGUCCUUUAUGACAAACGGACACUUUUUUACUACAUAUUCCAGGACAACAUUAGCACUUUUUUGGUUGUACUGUCUGUCUAGCGGUCUGUGGUGACUACGAGGCAGUUGUGCUUUGGGAAAGAGGCUAGCGAGCUUUGUGUAGUCUCAUAGCUUGUAUUCAGCGCAAAAUGGGAGUAUCAGAUGUGACAUUUGAUACAACUGGUCCAGUCGUGGACUUGUCAUCCCAGGGUCUGCAGAAGCUGGAGCCCAGUUUCACCUGCUCCGAUGAAACGCACACGCUCAUCCUGGACCGGAACCAGAUCAUGAAACUGGACCAUCUUGAGAGGAGCCCUGGUCUCCAACAGCUAUCGGUUGCUGGGAACCGUCUGGUGAGAAUGAUGGGUGUGUGUCGUCUGACUGAGCUAAAGGUCCUGAACCUGCCCAACAACAGUAUUGGCUACAUUGAAGGCCUGAGAGACCUGCCCCACCUGGAGUGGCUCAACUUGGCUGGCAACAACAUCAAGGUCAUCGAGCAGCUCAACAACUGUGUGGCCCUCCAACACCUGGACCUAUCUGACAACAACAUCUCCAAUAUUGGCGAUGUCAGCAAGCUGUUAGCCUUAAAGACCCUCCUCCUCCAUGGGAACAGCAUUACAACGCUUCGGACAGUCCCUGCUCAUCUGCCGGCCCACCUGUCCGUCCUCUCCCUGGCAGAGAAUGAGAUCAGAGACCUCAAUGAGGUCUCCUACCUGUCACCCCUCCGUGACCUGGAACAGCUUUCUAUUAUGAGUAACCCCUGCGUCAUGGUAACGCCUUCACUGCCUGGAUACGACCACCGGCCCUACAUAAUGAGCUGGUGCCUGAACCUGAAGAUCCUGGAUGGAUACGUGGUGUCACAGAAAGAAGGGUUGAAGGCGGAGUGGCUGUACAGCCAGGGCAAGGGUCGUUUAUAUCGGCCUGGUCAGCACGCGCAGCUGGUCCAAUACCUUGCCACCGUGUGCCCUUUGACCUCAACACCGGCCCUGGAGACGGCGGAGGACGCCAAGCUGGAGAAGAUCCUCAGCAAGCAGAGGUUCCACCAGAGGCAACUCCAGCAGCAGACCCAGGGAGGCUCCCCCAGUCUUCCCAGACCCACCCAUCUGGACGUGGAGACCCAGAGCCCCCGCAACGGGCCCCCGUUAACGACAGCCCGAGAGACAGACGGAGCCACGACGCCUGUGACUGUUUCACCAGCCAGACAGACAGAACCGGCAUCGGUACAAGUGAACAGCUGGCUGGGCUGCGACUCCUCCCGGGUGGCACCUCCUCCCCUUGGCUCCAGGAGCGUAGAGGAGGGCCUCUACCUAGAGGACGUAGACCGGCAGACGGACGAAGACAAACUCAACGGCAGCCUUCUCUCCUCCGAGUCCACCUUCUUACCUGUGGCCUCUGACCACGCCCACUCUGACAGCGAGGACGAGACGGAGACGUUUGAGCCAGACUCGCUAGCGCCCGAACGCCCCGUUAAUCCUAAAAAAACACCUGCUGAAAAGACACCCCGGGCGGGAGCAAAUGAGAACCAGGAGAACAAUCAGAUGCAGGCAGAGAGCCAGAAAAAGGACCCAGAGAUGGAGAACGACAGCGAGGCAAGAGGGCAAAGGUUAUCAGCCGACCUCACCUACGCCGUAGCCGUAAACCCCGGUCCACCUGGGACUGGAGGUGACCAAUCACAGACCGAUGACCACGCUCUGCUCCAGGAAACGUACUCCCGUUCCGGUGCUGAGGUCCGGGCGGAGCCUGGGCAGGCAGUGACCCCAGUGGGGAGAAGUGACGGUCCUGGCGAGGUGGACCGGGCAGCCGUCACCAUCCAGGCGUGGUGGAGAGGAAUGUGGACUAGACACUGCCACCCGCUGGCCAAAGAGGUGCGGUGUGAAAUCCGUCUGCGCAGGAUGCAGGAGCACAUCGUCUUCCUGUCCGGAGAGCUGGAGAGGGUGCGGAGGACUCAGGAGGAGGAGCGCCUACAGAGGCUGGUUCAAGAGGAGGCUGUGAAGUUCCUCUGGCGGCAGCUUCAGUCGAUGCAGAUGUGGCAGCGCUCCGUAGAGGAACAUCUGGCCAGCGUCACUCUGGUUGGGGCGUGUCCUGUCCCAGCACCGACCCCCAGGCUCUGCGACCCGCCAGCUCUCCAGCUUCCCCUGCCGGUGGCCUCCAGCGCUGGAGAUCCAGCCGGCACAGACCUCUCCUUCCCUGACUCUGGCUUCCAGUCCACAGGUGAACAGCAGGCGGGGCAGGAAGACACCUUCCUCAGCUGUGGGACGGGAGACUCCCUGGAGACUGUGCGGGCGCUGGCUGUGGCGGGCUUCCCGAUCCCUGGUGCUGGAGGGGAAAGUCCGGACUGCAGUCUGCUGGAGCAGUACCUCUCCUCCGUGCAACGGAGGGAAGAGGAAGCAGAGGAGGGAGGUGCAGAGGAGGGAGGUGCAGGGGAGGGAGGUGCUGGCGACAGAACAGGCACACCUCAGCCCCUCUCACGCGCUGGAGUAGCGCAGCCCAACUUCCCCUGUCUGAAUGCAGUCGCUGCGCAGAGCGGAGACAAAGACCCGGUUCAGUCUGAAGUGCCUGUCCCCAACUGGCUAAGAAACAGCCCGUGAAGCCGGUCCAGAUGAAUGUUAGGUUAUCGACGGGUCUAGCUACUCCUCAUCGCAAAUCUAUAUAACAAGUGGCACGUGGACUCGUGCAUCUGGAAUCAUCCGCGUAGCCUUUUCCUACUUUCAUUUUUGGUCUCUUGUGCUUGGGCCCAGGCGGAGCCUAAGCAGGUCUCGCACUGGGCCGCUGCGCGUCGUUUGUUCGCCAAGUUCUGUCAGUGCAGUGAAAACUUGGCUAGCACUGGAUUUACAUCCGGGAGACACUGAGACCCGGCUUCAGACACUGCUUUGUUUUAACCCCCCACACUGCAGAUAUGCAAUUCAAGCCGGUGCUCAACGUGGUUGGCCACAUCGAGCCCCAGUACAAAGUGACGGGACGUGUGUGUGACAACAGAGGACACCCCCUUGUACCGUGUCCUCACAGUGCACCGCAGAAAAACAGGCUGGCUUUCAGGCAGUUCUGCUCCAAAUGUAACUCGCCUAAUUUCACGAUUUGAAGAUUGAAUCUGUGCUUGUAAUCCCACAGGUGAGUGAGAGGACCGUGUCUGGACUGGAGGAUUGGAGUGAAUGUACAUAUCACAGCUUGCAGGGUUUGUAGGACGGUAGCAAAGAAUGGUUUGUACUAGACACUGAAAGGUAGACAAAUACAAAUAGUUAAGUGUAUAUUUCAUCCUUUUCUGGUGCUCUGUAUGUAUGUUUACACAAUAAACAUUUGUAUUUAA